UAUGGUUUGCAGACAUCCAAAUUGCAAUAAUAAGGGUGCAAUAUGUUGUAGAUGCUAAUUAAAAUAUCAUUGUGAUAAUGGUCAUACAUUGGAAUCAUUUGUUCCAUUAGAUGAGGUUUUAAUAUUGUGUUAGACAUAAAAUCCAAAAGCAGAAUAUUUUGAAGAUUUAAGUGUUGAUGGGAUAUUGGAAGUUCAGUAAUUGUAAUCUACUCUAUCAAAUAUCAACAAUUCAAUUUAAGAAUAAUUGAAGAGAGAAUUAUUAAUCUUAGGUUAAUAUUAAAAGCCAUUUAAAGAUAUAUAUGGUAUAAUAGCUCAUUAUUCAUAAAUUGAUGGGGAUAUCUCAAGAACUGAUGAUGGAACUUAAGGAGGUAUGAAAUCUGAUUUCUUAAAUAUUAUGCAAUAUAUAGCAAAUAAAAUAAUAAUUGUAGAUGGAGAAUUUACAAUAGAUUAAUCAGAUAUGAAUAAUUGUUUAACAGAAAUUAUAGAAAGAAAGAGAAAGAACUUAAAUAUAUUGCAAAAAUUAAAUAAAAAAUCAUAGAAAUAAGCUAAAAUAAUAUCAGCUUUAUUUUAAACAGGUUGUUCUUUUGGAUUAGAUUAACAUAUUCCAAUUUCUUAAUUUGAUUCAUGGGUAUAAAUAUAUAAUGCUUAAUAUUUUGAAAAUACUACUUAUUAAGAUAUAAUAUCAUUAGUUAUACCUCAAAAUAGUUUAAUAAUGGUUGGUAUCUUGAAAGAGAAAUAUUUGGAAUUCUGUGCAAUAGAUAGAUAUAAAGCUAUUUUUAAAGGAAAAAUUAAUUCUUAUUCAAAAUUAAAUUGGACUUUAAAUUAAGUCAUUUUUGGAUGUGAAUGUCUGAAAUGGAAUUUAAAUCAAUAAUUAUUGGAUUAAUAAAUAGAUUAAAAAGAAUACUUGUAUCAUUUAAAUGAUAGAAGAGUAAUAUAUUAUUUAGAAAUCUGA